AUGACAGCGCCGCCACCAACAAACGAGACCAUGCGCGCCUGGGUCUUCACCGACCGCGGUGAUCCCUCGCAGGUCCUCACUUUCACCACCCUCCCCAAGCCUCCCCUUCCUCCUCCCGUCCCUCUACCCCGCGACGCGCCCUCGCCCGAGGAGUGGGUUCUCAUCCGCACCGCCUUCGUAGGUCUCAACGUCGGCGCCAUCUUCCAGAUGACCCUCAUCCCUUCCUUCCUGCGCGCCCGCACCUGCGUCCCCGAGAUGGACCUCUCCGGCGUCGUCGAGGACGUCUGGCACCCCGAAGCCUGCAGCAGCGACUUCCGGUUCCAAAAGGGGGACAAGGUCGUGGCCAUGCUGCCGGCCAGCCACUCCCUCGCCACCGGCACGGGAGCGCUGGCAGAGUACCUGGCCAUCCCCGCGCGGUACGUCGCGCGCAAGCCGGACGCGGCGAGCUAUGGUGACGCGGCGGGGUGUCUGCUGGCGGGCAUGACCGCGUGGCAGCAGGUGUGCGAGUCCGGCGCCAAGGAAGGCGAUCGGGUGCUGGUCAACGCGGCGAGCGGCGGCAUCGGCACCAUGGUCGUGCAGAUGGCGCGCAACGUCGUCGGGCCCUCGGGGCGCGUCGUCGGCAUAUGCAGCGGCAAGAACGUCGAGAUGGUCAAGAGCCUCGGCGCCGACGAGGUCAUCGACUACACAAAGCACGACCGCCUCCCGGACUACCUCGCCGACGUCUUCGCCGCCGAGCCCUUCGACGCCGUCGUCGACACCCUCGGCCACCAAUCGCUGUACCUCGCCUCGCCGCGCUACCUGCGCCCCGGCGGCGUCUACUCCUCCGCCGGCAUCAAGCCGCCAUCCUUUGCGGUCCCGCACUUCUUGCGCGCCGUCGUGCAGAUGAAGCUCAACGAGUGGUGGCCAGUGAGCCGCUGGCUCGGCGGCGUCGGACGGCUGUGGCGCGGCGUCUCGAUGAUGGCGCCGACGCUGGAGGACCGCGAGCGCGUCGUCGGCAUGCUGGCCCGCGGCGAGGUGCGCGUCGUGAGGGACAGCGUGUGGCAGCUGGAGGAGGCCAAGGCGGCGUAUGCGCAUCUCGGGGGGCUGCAUGCGAGGGGAAAGGUGCUGGUUAAGGUGAAUCUCGAGAUUGGUGAUGAUGAGGCGUAG